AUGUGCCGACUCUGCAGCCAUUGUCUCAAAGAGGGCCUUUGGGGGGCCAUAAGGCCGUUGGGGCCCAAGGCCACCAUGCCACCUCCACGUCCCGAGUCCCAGGAGCCAGAGGAGGACUCGUCUGAGGAGACCUCCUCUUCAGAGGCCGAGCAGGAGCAGCCACCGCCCAUCGCCUCUGCAGAGGCAGCUGCCUCCAGGGCAGCGGCCUUAGCAGAGCAGCUUGCUGCCCGGACAGCAAUCACGGCCAUCGCCAAGGCUCCAGCGCCUUCUCCAGGCCGGGAGGCCCGCAACAACGGUUCGGCCUCACCCUUUGCGCGGCCUCGGGAGACCGGACCUUCGGUGGAGGUAGAGCCAUUGAUCUUAGAAGCGGAGCCACAGGAUCUGGUGGUGAUUGGCAACGCAGCGAACUGCGGCGCCUGGAUUGGAAAGGCCAUUACAGAAAGCCAGUUUGUGGCAGUGGUGAAGACACCCGUCGCACCUAGCACUUCUGUCAUCGUUGAUGCUCGACUGGCAGAGGAGGCGAACAUUAAGCCUGAGUUGUUACAGCGACGUUGGAUGGCUUUGCGUGUCCGACGGCCCACCGGGGAUCCUCGCUUGCCUUUGCGGGAGCUUAGUGCUCUUUGUGAUCAAUUGGUGCAAGCUGGUGUGGAACCACGAACCCUAGUGCCAAUUGACUCGAGGAGCUACUUGCUCAUGAGUCGAGAACAUGUGCACGUCUCGGUGACCGCAUUGGUGCAAUGUGGCCAUUUGGUGUCUCCAGCAAGACGCGUGGUAACUGCGAUGCAACUUCCAGAUGCUUCACCUGAAUUGCCAGAGCCGCAGGUGGGCGCAUGGAAGUUGACUCAGCGUCAUAGCCCAAACAUUACAAAGGACUUCACCGGGGGAGAUCUCUUCCAGUCCACCUUGAGAGUGCAGGCAAAGUGCGGCCUCUAUGCUGAAGUGCGCGCAGCCGAUCGCUCCGAGGUCUCCUCUGCAUUCCAUGCCCAACAAAGCUCCUUUGGCACGCUUCGCUUGGGUGGGGACGCUGGAGCUUGGCGGGAUUCCAUCGUGGAGUUCCAGCCAUCAAAAGGAUCGCCGCCUGCAUCACUUCGCUUUACCAUGCAAUGCGAUGACAAAGAACUGAAGGAGGAGACUGUACCGGCACAAGGAUCUCAAGGUGUGACUGAAAUCUGGUCAAAGAUCCCAUUGUCUGAGAGGGUUACCGCUUUGGAGCUGGAUUCUGAUACGGCCAAUGGUCGUGCUGGGAUUUGGAUGUUUGCCGGAAAUCUUUUUCUCCGCAUUAUAGGUGUACCACGAACCGAGAGCCUUCUUGGCUCCCACUGUUGCAGAUCCUUGUCACAGCUCGAAUAUUUCCAUGGGAUCGACGCGGUUCAGAAUGAGCUGCGAAAGUUUGAAGUGCUCGUGGGAGAAGUGGAACAACCUGGAGUCCUCCGAGCACAUCGCUGCACGUGGCAGGAUGAUGCAGUACCCAAUCCUAUAGGGCAGUUUCUUUUGGAUGCUCGCCCCAACGCGGAGAGUGGUGGAUCUGCGGAGGUGCAGCUGGAGAAUGGCUGUGUUUUGCACCAAGAUCCCGAUGGCAAACAGCUUCGUUGGCGCAUCCAUGAAUGGGGCCCCGAUCCCUUCACCGUACCAGAGCCAAGUGUGGAAAGCGAGCCAGAGCCUGCUCAAGACGCCCAGCAGGCAAGCGAGAGUGAGAGCGAAAGUGUCCGCAAGAAAAAGGACAUUAAGGCAGCAUCGAAGGGUGCUGCUCCCAAGGGUAAGGCCAAAGCACAGGCUCAAAGUGCAAAAAAGGAGGAGAAAGACUCAGAUGAAGAGACUGAAGAGAAGACUGAAGAGAAGAAGGAGAAGGAGCACAAAAAGAAGAAACACAAGAAAGACAAAAAUAAGGAAAAGGACAAGGAGAAGGAUGAUGAAAAGGAUCGAAAGAGGGGCAGCAGUAGAUCCAGAUCCUCGUCUGAAGUCAAAAAGAAAAAAAAGAAAGACAAGUCACGAGGUCGCAGUGAAAAGAAGGAGAAGAAAGAAAAAGAUAAGGAGAAGCGCAAGAAGAAGAAAUCCCAACGUUCAAGAAGUCACAGCCGCAGCAAGCGAAAGAAGAGCAAGUCUCGACGACGAUCCAAGCGCCGCAGCCGUUCCAAGCGUCGAGCAAGCCCGGAGAAGGACGUGUCCAAAGACAAAGCGGACACUCCAAGUGGAGAUCCUGAAGAUCGGGAGGCGAGAUUGAAGCGCUUUGCAGAGCAGAGCAAGCUCAUUCCUCAGGCGAUGGAGGCAUUGAGGAAUCUGAAGCCGGAGCUUCAGGACAAGAUCAUGGAAGAGGGCCCAAUCAAAGAAGGGGAUGGGAAUCCCAUUAUCGUCCUCAUGAGGAGAAUCAAAGAAGUUGCCGAGUGGGCUCAACAAGAAGCCGAUCGGGAGGAGAAAAGACCACAGGCUCCUGAGACGACACCAGAAGAGGAGGUAAAGGCCCCCAAGGCACCAGCACCGCCCUCUGGUGCAGAGGAGAAUGGUGAGGACAUGCCAGAGGCUGACCAGGCAAUGCUACUAAGAGCAUUUUCUUUGCAAAAUCAGCUUCCGGAGAGUGCCACGGAGACCUUGAAGGCUUUGCCAGGGGAAGUGCUGAUGAAUGUCCUCAUGCGAGGUCCUCUAGAUGGCGGCGACCCCAUGGCAGAUCAAAUCCACCUGGAGAAAAACGGAGAUGGCAAUUGGGUCUUCAAACACGUCCUCAGAGUAGGCGCAGAACAAAAGUCACCCGAGGAGUUGGCAAAGGACUUGCAUGGCCCUGAUGUCGUCAAGGUGCGCUUGGACACUACAAAGGGCCCCUUGAUUCUGCGCUUGGUGCCACAUUGGUCUCCCAAUGGCUGCAAGCGUUUGCUGCAGAUGGUGGACGAUGGCUUUUUCAAGGACAUCGCGAUUUAUCGCGGCAUUGAGAAUUUUCUGUUGCAGUUUGGUGUUGUCGAAGAUCCCAAGCGAGCGGGCGGCUAUGAGAAGAUCAUGGACGAUCCCUUGUGUGGCGUGCCAUAUCUCGAAGGUAUGGUUGGCUUUGCUGCAGCUGGUCCUAACACGCGGACCCAACAGCUGUGCCUAUUCCUUGGCAGUGCUCCCUCCUUGGGCAAGAACUCGGUGGAGACUCCCAUUGGGCGUGUUGCUGAAUGCAGCCUUGGCACUUUGCGAAAGAUACAGCUCAUGGGAGACAUCCCGCAAUGUGGAGGCUCUGGCCCUGAUCCGCAGAAGUUGGCCAACCUGGGAAAUGCCAGAGGUCAAAUCUUCUGUGUGACACUUCUUCAACGCAUGGAUUCACGUACCAAGCUGGAGUGCUUAGGAAAUGAUUUCCGUCACCAUUUGCCAGACUUGGAUGCAUUGGAAGAAAGCAUGGGAUGCCGUUUGUAUCGACAGUGGCCAAUCUGCGAGGUGGAGGAUGUACUGCAGAUGAAGCCAGAGUUGCAGAGCUUGCCUGACUGGAAAGUUUGGGAAGCCUACAUUAACUGGCACAAAUGCUGGAUCUCUGAUCGCGCAAGCAACUACAUUGACUUUUACAACCGUCACCUUAAAUUGGGGGAGGUAGCAGCUUGCUUGGGACAUUUCCGCCUUUGGCAGAAAGCCUUGGAGGAGGAUUUAGAUGUUUGCCUGGUCUUUGAGGAUGAUGCAAGGCCAAGUGUGGAUGCAGUGCAGCGGCUUGUUUCAGAACUGUCGGCUUUGGAGGCAGGAAGUGUGCAAUGGGACCUCAUUUACUUGCACUCCGCGCUUUACUCCAAGGCUGCCGAGGUUCCUGUUCCAGGCUGUAAGGAGCUCUUGGUCGCGGGACACCGCAAGUGGGCAGGGGCCUAUGUCGUGUCACGAAGGGGGCUGGACAAAUUGGUCUCAAGCGGCUAUGACCAAUGUAUCUUCCCUGUGGAUGACUUCUUGCCCGCUUUGCACUCCUUUCAUCCACGCCCAGACAUACGUGAAUUGCCGUGUGUGUCCAAUCUUUGCGACAACUUUGUCGCACUGACCUUCCCGCAGGAUGCCAAGAUUGUUCAGGUCGAGGAUAGGGGCUCCGUGAGCAAGUUCUCCACAGUGCUUUUGGGCGAUUUGGGUGCAAGUCUGGGCGACGAGGAUGACCUCGGCACGGUCACCAACGCCCUGCCCGUACAGUUGGAACCCUUGGACUUUUCCCACGACAAUAUUGAAAAAAACCUGAAGAUAGCUGUUGACGCGCUGAAAAAACAUGGAUUUGUAGUCUUGCAACUGCCUCAAGAGAGCGUUGAAGCAGCCGAACAUGCAGAGGAUGCAUGGCGAGGGUUCUUCCACGGCCAUGAAAAAGGUGUGAAAGGAUUGAAAACAAACACUAGUUUGCCUUUCGACCACCUUCCCUUAGCUGAUGCUGGCUACACUAUGCAGAAUGCACGGGAACAUUUCCACGUUGUGUUGGCAGCAUCCCAACAGCAAGAGUGGCCGGAUGCUUUGCGUCACAUCACAGAACCAUUGAUUUCGAUCCUGGAAAAGUUAUGCCGGCAGCUCUUGAGGGCUCUACCUCAAGGUGAUUCUAUGGAAACUGUAUGGUUGGCAGAGGCUGAACGUACAGGCGAUGUCUCCGUUUUUGAUAUUUUCAACUAUUUUCCAGGAAGUGCACUAGCUAUGGCUGCACAUACAGACCCUGGCCUUUUCACAGCCAAAUUCAUGAGCAAAACGCCUGGCUUGGAGCUUUUGGAUGGAAAUGGGGAUUGGCUGGCCAUUGAAGAGCUCGGGUCUUCUGCAGAGGUUGUUGUUUUUGCGGCAGAUGUUUUAGAACGUUGGACUCAGGGCGCCGUUCCAAGCUGCCGCCAUCGUGUCCGCGCGCCAUCUCAAGCAAGACUGUCCUUGGUCUAUGAGAUGAGGGUCUUGCAGGAAGGUCUUUCUUUGGACGAUCUGAGAUUUGUCGAAAAGCGGAAGCAGCUCCUGAAAAGCACAAGGAUCUCUUGA